UCAAUAUGUUGUCUGCUGUGCGAAAUACCUCGGAGGCUGUUGCAGUUCUCGCCUCGCUGGGACUCGGACUGGUUUUGCUAAUUUUCGUGGCCACCACGCCGCCCGCCGUGGAGGCCACCCAGUCGGGGAUUUACAUAGACAACGGCCGGGAUCAGACGAUCAUGCACAGGGUGCUCAGCGAGGACGACAAGCUGGACGUCUCGUACGAGAUCCUCGAGUUCCUGGGCAUCGCCGAGCGGCCCGUGCACCUGAGCAGCCACCAGUUGUCGCUGCGCAAGUCGGCGCCCAAGUUCCUGCUGGACGUCUAUCACCGCAUCACCGCGGAGGAGGGGCUCAGCCAUGACGAGGAUGAGGGUUCCUACGGCAGCCAUCGCUCCCGGAGAAGCGCCGAUCUCGACGAGGAGGAGGAGGAGAACGAAAGCGAUCGGCAAAAGAACUUCAUCACCGACCUGGACAAGCGGGCCAUCGACGAGAGCGACAUCAUCAUGACGUUCCUGAACAAGCGCCACCACAGCGUGGACGAGCUGCGUCACGAGCACGGCCGGCGUCUGUGGUUCGACGUCUCCAAGGUGCCCGACGACAACUACCUGGUGAUGGCCGAGCUGCGCCUCUACCAGAAUGCCAACGAGGGCAAGUGGCUGACCGCCAAUAGGGAGUUCACCAUCACCGUCUAUGCCAUUGGCACGGGAACAAUGGAGCCGCUGUCCUCGGUCAACACCACCGGCGACUAUGUGGGCUGGCUGGAGCUGAACGUGACCGAGGGGCUGCACGAGUGGCUGGUCAGGUCGAAGGAGAACCACGGCAUCUACAUCGGAGCCCAUGCCGUCAAUCGGCCCGAUCGCGAGGUCAAGCUGGACGACAUUGGACUGAUCCACCGCAAGGUGGACGACGAGUUCCAGCCCUUCAUGAUCGGCUUCUUCCGCGGACCGGAGCUGAUCAAGGCGACGGCGCACAGCAGCAGCCACCACAGGAGCAAGCGGAGUGCCAGCCAUCCGCGCAAGCGCAAGAAGUCCGUCUCGCCGAACACCGUGCCCCUGCUGGAGCCCAUGGAGAACACGCGCAGCUGCCAGAUGCAGACCCUCUACAUAGACUUCAAGGAUCUGGGCUGGCACGACUGGAUCAUCGCGCCGGAGGGCUACGGCGCCUUCUACUGCAGCGGCGAGUGCAAUUUCCCGCUUAACGCGCACAUGAACGCCACCAACCAUGCGAUCGUCCAGACUCUGGUCCACCUCCUGGAGCCCAAGAAGGUGCCCAAGCCCUGCUGUGCUCCCACCCGGCUGGGCGCCCUCCCGGUUCUCUAUCACCUGAACGACGAGAAUGUCAACCUGAAAAAGUAUAGAAACAUGAUUGUGAAAUCCUGCGGGUGCCAUUGAAUUCAAUUUACCACUUAGGCUAAGCAAUAUAAAGCGUUUCUGUGUAGAUCUGUAUCUGUGUCCAUCUCUGUACUAAUCUCGAAUAUUUUUUAUAGAAAUAUACAGCGCUGUACCUAAC